AUGGUAGGACGCGCGAGUGAUAGGUGUCCUUUCAUGAUGGGCCCCGAGCGUCUGGUGGACCCCAAAGAUGAUGCAGCUCUUUGGGUUACUAUAGAAUUUCCUGCAGCAAUGAAGCUUACCCAUAGUGACGAACAGCUGAUGGAGUUUGUGGUUCAGCAGGUUCAAGGCCACGAGAUCAAUAUUUCCACUUGCGCACAGCAUUACCUGAAACACUUGUGUCUCUCGCUACCAGUCGUUGGAGCCCAUGGAGAUGAGGAACACCAUGGUGCAGUCAUGGCUCAGGCUAAGACUCUGGCACUCUGGUGGCUCGGGGAGAUCCUCGCACAGAGGGUUCAUCUUGACCGGAGUGUGAUUUUCCCUUAG